GGAGCGGACGGCAUGGCGGAGGCCUCGGGUUGUGCUGGGCCCUCUAUCCGCUAUUUCUGCACGGCCGGCCGGGGCCUGGAGCCCUUCCUGCUUCGGGAGGUACGGGCCCGGCUGGGGGCCACGCAGGUGGAGUAUGUUUCAGGAAAAGUUUUCUUUACCACCAAUUCUGGGUUGAGUAAAUUGAAGAAGCUGAAGUCUGGAGAACGAUUAUUUUUGCUGCUGAAAAAACAUGCACCAAUUUCUCUCUCUAGAAAUAAAGGAAAAGUAUUUAAUGAAAUUCAAAAACUUGUAAUUGAGGACCCCAGAUGUUGGCUGGAUAUUAUUUCCAUUUGGAAACAUCUUCAUGGAAAUAAGGUCGAACAAGGAAACCUCUCUAAAGAAAAUCCAAAAUCCCUAAAAAGAAAAUCCGAAGAAGAGAUAAGUAUCAGAAGAAAAAAACAGAAGAGAGAACAAAUAUUAGAGACAGUUUCUGAUGAAUGCCACAUGGAAGAGCAAAAGAAAAGUGUGGUACUAGAAACAAACAACGACAUGGACUUGUUGACUGAAAGCAAAACUUUUCUAGAAGAGACAUCUGAAAGUAGAAUAGAGAAAUCAGUUGAAAGCAAUAACCACAGCUUCAGUUUCAGAGUUUCUUGUCGCUGUAGUGGAGCAAUUGCAAAAGUAUUUACUUCACAGGAGGUGGGAAGAGUACUUGGAAUAACUCUUAUAAAACAGCUUGGGUGGAAAGCAGAUUUGAGAAACCCUGAUCUAGAGCUCUUUGUACAUCUAAAUGAUAUUUACUCGGUGGUGGGGAUUCCUGUCUUCAGACUUCCACUGGCGACCAGAGAGUAUAUCCAAACUGCAGGACUCCGAUCUACUGUAGCAUGGGCUAUGGCAUCUCUUGCUGAAAUCAGUGCUGGUGCAUUUGUUUUAGAUCCUAUGUGUGGAUUAGGAACAAUACUCUUGGAAGCUGCAAAAGAAUGGCCUAAUGUACAUUACUUGGGUGCUGAUAUAAAUGAUUCGCAGCUACAAGGUGCACAUGAAAACAUUAAGGCUGCAGGCUUGAUGGAUAAAAUUGAGUUACUUAAAGCAUCUGUCAUAGCAUUGCCCUUACCUUCAGAAAGUGUUGAUGUUGUGAUUUCGGACAUUCCAUUUGGGAAAAAGUUCAAGAUAACAAAAGACAUAAAGCUUCUACCAAAUAUUCUUCGAGAAAUGGAAAGAGUGCUUCAUGUUGGAGGGACAGUUGUAUUACUUGUGAGUCAAGAUCUCCACAAGCACAUGGGUGGCUGUAUUAGCAAUUGUGUUGAAAAUGACACAUCUUUGAACGCCAUCAUUGACAACAAGAAUGGAGCUGCUGUGGUGAAAGACUUGAAUCCCAAAGAGAAAAAUGGGAGUCCAAGAAGUAUUUCCUCUUCAAUUAAAGUUGUAGAAACUGAACACUUCAACAAUAACAUUACAUGCUUUGGGUCUUUGGCAGCAGUAGAAUCCUAUGGAGUUAGCCUUGGAAAAACAGAUGCUUUCAUAUACAAAUAUAGGAAGAUACCUGGUGCUGGAAUGCAGUAG